AGUUACGUUCGAAACGGCGUUCGAAUCGCGGAUCGCAUUCACCGCUCAUUCAUCAGCCGUUGUGUUGCGUUGAGUCAGAGUUCGCCGAUUGAGCGGUCGUUGCGUUGUUUUGGAUUGAAUUGUGUUUGCAUUAAACGAUUGCAUCCAAUGGUCGACACAUUAUGCCAUCAAAUACUAUACCAAUCAAUGAUAUUAUCGAAAGCCGAGACCAAUGACUGA